AUGGACCUGGCCAGUGUGAGGAACCAGACUGAGAACGACAAGAUUAGUCAGAUUGCAGAGAAGGUGACGAAUGAGUCGGUGUGGAUCGGCCUGUUCAAAGGAUGGACAUGGUCUGACCAAACUAACUCCGUAUUCACAUUCUGGAGAACAGGAGACGUGUCUUUUUCACCGCUUCUGCCUUUACUUUGCUCAGACAAGCUGGCCCUGAUCAGAGAGAAUAAGACCUGGAUGGAGGCGUUCAACUACUGUGAAAGUAAUGACAUGGAGCUGGUCUCGGCCACGGAUGAGGAUACCCAGAGCUGGGCGAGGGAGGUGGCCAGGGGGGCCAGCACGGCUCACGUGUGGAUGGGCCUGUACUACAUUUGCCCCCUUGACGUCUGGUUCUGGAUCAGCGGGGUGACGGUGGGCUGCAACCACUGGGCCGCCGGGAACGGCACCGGGACGGGUGAGUGCUGCCGGGCGGGCGCCCUGCAGGCGGGAGGCGGGAAGUGGGUCAGCCGGCCGGAGACUGAGAGACUCAACUUCAUCUGCAGAGCCUUUUAA